AUGACCAGCUUGAAAGAACUCUAUGGGAGAAUUGAUUUUCCAGAAGAUCAUAUCUUCGAAUGUGCAAAGCAAGGUCCCAUUAUUUUAGUUGUUGCGGCAAUUUCAGUGAAAUCCACUUACGGCAAGGCUAUGCUAAGUGGAAUAUCAGCUACAAAAUUUUAUAUUAAAUCCGAACUGCCAGAAGUCGAAGCUUUUAUUAGCAGCUUGCCUGAUUCCCCCGUUCAACUACGAAUUGAUCGAAAAAAUUUAGAACCGCCAGUUGAUCCUGAAACUGAAAAAAAUGAGAACCGCAAGUGUAUUGCUGAAUGGUUGCAACUUGACUUUCAUACAGAUAAGAAUAACAAAUAUACAUGUGAAGCUGUCAUUAAAGAAAUUAUUUCGCAUGAUGGUUGGUGGUAUAGAGCAUGCCCUCGGUGCAAAAGUGGCAUGCAAACUUAUGAUCAAAAUAUAUAUUGCAAAAAAUGUGGUUCAUUAGAUGACGUUCUUAUCGCAUGGUAUAGAUUGACAGUUGCUGUUGAAGACCAUACAGGAAUUAUACCAUUCAUUUUAUUUGGCCAACUAGCAUUAGAAUUAAUUAGUUUGCCAGCAACAACUCUUUCGACCAUGGCAAAAGACAGAUAUGAAGUCCCGCCAUUUAUGAACAAAAUUUGUGGCCAGAAAAAAGUUUUUCAGAUCAGAAUGAGUGACCGCAUUCAAAACUCAUCUCAAAUGGCAUUCAAGGUAACACACGUGUUUAAGGAAAUGCAAGUUAUUAAGGUGGAGACUCUUAGCCCACCUACUUCACAGACCUCACAACUACUAACUCGAAAUAGUCCUUUUUCAGUAUCGACUUCGAAACCAAGGAGAAUGCUCCAACUUGACGAGUCAUCAUCUUCGUCUUCAUCUCAAGAUGUCAAGAAAGCUAAACUCGAUUGA